AUGCUGCCUGCCACUGCUGUGCGCAACGUUGAGUUGUUCACCUCACCCUUUCAUUAUUCCACAAUGAGACCACAACCUCCUGGAGGAGGUGGUGGUGGUGGCCAAUCCUUAGAUGCUAAUGCCGAAGAGCUACGCAAUGUUGAAUGGUAUUGGGGAAAAAUGACACGAGAAGAAGUCAAAAAUAUAUUGGCUGGUAAACCGGAUGGUAGUUUCUUGGUACGUGAUGCCCUCUCCAAGGAGGGUGAAUACACCCUCACCCUCAUCAAAGAUGGCACAGAGAAGCUAAUCAAAAUUUGCCACCUCAAUGGGAAGUACGGGUUUGUCGAUUGUAAAUUCAAUUCUGUCGUGGAACUUAUCAAUUACUAUAAAGUCAAUUCCCUUAAGCUGUACAAUAAAACCCUGGACAUAACGUUAAGUAAUCCCAUUAUACGUCCCAUCGAAGACGAUGACCUACAGCCGAAUAGUGAUCUACGACAAUUGGCCGAACAAUUCCUGUUGCUGCACGAUAAACUCAAUAAACAACAAUUAACACUGGAACAAAAGCUGAAAACUUUCAAAGCCAUCGAAGCUGAGCUAAAUGACAAAAAACUACAUCAGGAAGUCUUCCUAAGGGCGGAGAAAAUGUUCCAGAAUCAAAUAAAGAUUUUGGAAAACUUCAUUAACUCACAGACGCCAGCGAUAAAUCAAAAUUGUUCCAAUAGUAUAUCGCAAAGCACAGGAACAGCAACCGGCGCAUCAUCAGCCCCAACAAUACCAACGAAUAAUGUCACCCGCCAACAAGAACAAGAACAACUACAACAAAAUGCCGCCCUUAUGAAGGCGCGUCUCAGUGAUCUCUGCAGUGAAAUGCACAAGCUGAAUCGUCAUGUCGAAGCCAAAAAGGAGGAAUACAAGGGUCUCGAGCGUCAGAUCAAUGCAGCAAAACCCGAAUUACAAGCGAUUAAUAUGCGCAAAGAGAAAUAUUUGGAACGUCUCAAAGAAUUCGGCAUCUCCGAAGAGGAUAUCAAACAGCUAAUAGAAAUGGGCUUCGAAGCAUGGCAACAGCGUUAUGAAAUCGAAUCGAAUCAACCGCACAACGAUGAAUCAAUGUGGUUCCUUAAGGAUGUAACACGUCAGGGUGCCGAAGAUCUAUUACGUGGUGCUCCCACAGGAACAUUCUUAAUACGUGCCCGUUCCGCCGGCCACUAUGCCCUCUCGAUAGUUUGUAAAAAUUGUAUCAAUCAUUGUAUUAUCUAUAAAACAGAAAGUGGUUAUGGUUUUGCCGCGCCCUAUAACAUCUAUCAUUCACUGAAGAAACUUGUCGAACAUUAUGCACAAAAUUCCCUGGAGGAACAUAAUGAUACGUUGACCACGACGCUAAGUAUACCCGUCAUGUAUUGGCAUGCAAAUAAAGAACUGAUAACACAACAACUGCAAGAACAAAUGGAAUUGGAAAGGCAGCAGUUGGAAAUGGAACAGCAAAUGCAGGAGAAUAUGUUAUUGCCACCGGGAAUGGCAGGAGGAAUGCCUACAUCGUUGUUGGGUAAUGUUUCGGCACCCAUUGCUGUUAGUGGAGCUGCCACAAUUAUGCACAUAAAUGAUAUGGCAGCUAGCCAGACCCCACCCAGUAGUGUGGCAGCUACCCCACCUCAGGCACAUUCCUAUGGUAGUAGUAGUGGGGGUGGUGGUGUUGGAGAUUUUGGUGGUAAUGGCGGUGGCAAUGGCAGCAAUGUGGGCAGUUAUCCUGGUGGUAAUCUGUAG